AAAAAGCAAUAUAUCUUCAAACAUCCUUCAUCAACUCUCCACGUUGUAUCAGACUUGCACCUUGCCUAUUAGCGGCUGCAUGGAUCCUGUCUACCAUUGCACGGACUUCCAAAUCCUUCUACCCCUGCCUAACCUCACCAUCCUCUUCUCUCAUUGGUCCAUAUUUGGAUUCCAGAUUCACAAAUCGAACAUUUGAACUCAGACUUCACUCAAGAGAGAAGUCAGAAAAGUCAAUCUCCAAUCUUCUCUCCCCUU